UUGAAUCCGCCAAUAUUCGUUUGCCUUUCUUCUGAUACCUGCGUGUCAUUCACGAAUCUGCCUUCUCUCUCCAAACCCACGCGCGCGAAAGAGAAGGAAAGAACAGGAGAAAAAAUAGCGUGGCAAAGCCGCUUCGCACGUGCACUGCACGUGCUCAACAGAUACUAACACACUUCGCCGCCGGAACAUUCCGUCAAUUCCCGGACGUUCCGCUCUCUUGCCUAACUUUCCGAGUCCGAAACCGCAGCCUCUUCCACAGUUUUCACGCUAGAUUCCCGUUCCGACUAAAACAUUUGCCUCCAUUUUUAAAAUUUUAUGAUAGUAUUCAUCCGUGAGAGCAAUGGGUUUGAAUAAUUCAUGUUUCUGCUUAGAAAUUUAACUCGGUAGCUUUUUUGUUAUUCAAAAUCCCGGAUCUGGUAUACCUGCAACUGCAAGUAAGCCUGCAACUGCAAGUAAUCCAUCUGAAUCUCUUCAUUUGGCUGGAGUUUUUCCUUUUCUGAAUCUGGAUGUUGAGUUCGCUUCGUUUUCAAGAGCUAGAUGAGUAUCCAUUCACUUUGAUUCGGUCGGUGGCUUCCGAUUUCCGAGUAUUUUUGUAGCUUAAGAUUUCCUAGAGCCAUCGGUGGACGAAUGGCUAUAGCUCGGCUUGCUCGCCAAGAAAAACGCUCGUAUGGAUUUUGCGCGAAGUUGACAGCAGUGGUUAUUUUAGGACUUUGUUUUAUAGUCGUAUGGUCGAUUUUUGCUUCUCCUUCCACGUCCGUGACGAUUCAGAGGGAAAGUUUCGACAACAUUGGUGAACCCGUAACAGGAAACAGGAAAGUUAGCAAUCCUGGAACCCAAAUUGAUAAUAGGAAGAAAGUAGAUGAGGGAAAAUCGAGCAGAGAUACCAAAGAAAGAGUGAAAUCCGAUCUAGAUGGAAAGGAUAUGAAAAAGGUUGAGGGGUCUGAUUCCAAGUCUCCCAGUAACCAUGCAUCUGAAAAGAAUCAUGGAGCAGCGAAAGAGAGAAAUGAAAAACAUAAAGAAAAUAAACCAGAAGUUGCAAAAAAAGAAAAUCAUGGAUCAGAGGAAUCUGAGGAGGAAGAUGCACCAAAGGGAAAUGAGGAGGAAGAACAGGAAGUGAAAGAUGGUCAAGAAGCAGAGUCAAAGGAUGAUGAAGCUGAAACAGAAGUUGAUCUGGGUGAGUCAGAUCAGGAACCUGAGGAGAGGACUGAACCAAAAGAUAAAGGGAAAAAGGUCAAGAGAAAAGGUCCAUUGUUUGAUCCAAAUGCUCAUUAUAGUUGGAAACCAUGCCGAGCUAGAAGUAAAUACAAUUACAUUCCUUGUAUUGACUUUGAAGCUGGAGGGGUAAAACAGCAGGGCUAUCGGCAUAGGGAAAGGAGUUGCCCUCGAGUACCUCCGAUGUGCCUUGUGCCUCUUCCUCCCAACGGAUACGGACCCCCAGUGCACUGGCGGGAUAGCAAUUCAAAGAUACUUUACAAGAAUGUGGCACAUCCAAAGCUUGCUGCUUUCAUCAAGAGACAUACUUGGUUGGUGGAAGAUGGAGAGUUCCUUACAUUUCCUCAGAAUCAUUCUGAUCUCAACGGUGGAGUUAUUCACUAUCUCGAGUCCAUUGAAGAGAUGGUUCCUGAUAUUGAGUGGGGCAAGAAUAUUCACUUGGUUCUAGAAAUUGGAUGCACGUAUGCAAGUUUAGGUGCUGUUCUUCUUGAAAAGGAUGUUAUAACAUUGUCAUUAGGCUUGAAGGAUGACCUUGUAGACUUGGCUCAAGUUGCACUUGAGCGAGGAUUUCCUACUGUGGUUGGCCCUUUGGGGAAUAGAAGACUUCCUUUCCCUAGUGGUGUUUUUGAUGCCAUUCAUUGUGGUGGAUGCAGCAGAAGUUGGCAUUCCAAUGACGGGAAGCUUCUUCUUGAAAUGAAUAGGAUUUUAAGACCUGGCGGAUACUUCAUCUUGUCCACUAAACAUGACAGCGUCGAAGAAGAAGAAGCAAUGAGUUCAUUGACGGCCUCAAUUUGUUGGAACAUUCUGGCACAUAAAACCGAUGAAGUCAGUGAAAUGGGUGUUAAGAUAUAUCAGAAGCCUGAAUCAAACGAUAUAUUUGAGCUGAGGAGAAGGAAAAAUCCACCUCUAUGCAAGGAAAACGAAAACCCUGAUGCUGCCUGGUACGUGCCUAUGAAAACAUGCUUACACACGAUUCCAACGUCUAUUGAACAGCGCGGAGCAGAAUGGCCCGAAGAAUGGCCGAAGAGACUUGAAGCUUUCCCUGAGUGGUUAAGCAAUGACAAAGAAAAGUUAACUGCAGACACUAAUCACUGGAAAGCAAUCGUUGAGAAGUCAUAUCUCACUGGAAUAGGUAUUGAUUGGUCAAAUGUGCGAAAUGUGAUGGACAUGAAAGCCAUUUAUGGGGGGUUUGCUGCUGCUCUCUCUCAACAGAAUGUUUCUGUUUGGGUGAUGAAUGUGAUCCCAGUUCAUGCACCAGAUACACUUCCCAUAAUUUUCGAACGCGGUCUGGUUGGCAUCUACCAUGACUGGUGCGAGUCGUUUGGUACUUAUCCACGAUCAUACGACCUUCUGCACGCCGAUCAUUUGUUCUCAAGGCUCAAGAACAGGUGCAAGGAGCCUGUAUUGAUCGUGGUCGAGAUGGAUCGUAUAGCACGACCAGGAGGGUGGGCAAUUAUACGUGAAAAGCUGGCAAUUCUGAACCCAUUAGAAGGCAUACUGAAGAGUCUACAAUGGGAGAUUCGGAUGAGUUAUUCUCAUGGAGAAGAGGGAAUUCUAUGCGCACAGAAGACCAUGUGGCGGCCUUCACAAUAAUUCUUUUCAACUGAAUCUAAUCGUUUUCCCACAGAGAUGAUUCAAAUUUGAGGGAGAUAUCAAAUUUCUUCUAUAUGAAUUUGUAUCAUUUCCUGAUAAUUGGGAAAUUAUUUUUUUUUUCUUCCUGAAAUUGUUGGGCAUUGAGGUGAAUUUGUAAAGAGGGGUAGAGAGGGAAGAAUUCUUUUCUUCCUGAAAGAAUUAUAGUGUAUAUUUUUUUUUUUCUUCAUAAUUUUGUGCCUCUGUUAUAAACCGAGACAAUUAUAUUUC